AUCCGUGCAGUUUUUAGAGUGAUACAAAAUAACAGUUUCAUGUACAAUGAACCAGACCGUAUUCGUUGCAGAUUCUGUGGUAAUGUUCAGCAGCUGUCACAUUUUUUUGCUUACGUGGAGACAGGAAGUAUCUUCCGGGUUGUUUUCCGGGUUGGAGUUCUUUGCUGCUGUUUUGGAAGUACCAUGGCCCAGGACGCGGUUCUGUCUCUCCGGGUCUCGGAGAUCAAGGACCCAGCUGUUCUCUUUGAGCGCUACAAUACGGAGGAGAUCCGUCGGAUAGAACGCAAAGUCCGUGGGGAGAUCGAGCAGAAAAAGGAGGAGCUGAGGCAGAUGGUGGGCGAGCGGUACCGGGACUUGAUCGACGCCGCGGACACAAUCGGAGAGAUGAGACAGUGUUCGGGGAGCGUCGUCCAGUCCAUUCAGGACAUGCAGCAAUACUGCCACCGGCUGAAACAAGCCAAAGCCAGCACGAGCAGCGCCAAAGUGGAGAGCCAAGCACAGUGGCAGGUGAAGUUCUACACCAUGGCCUCCCAGAUCAGGCUCCUUCUGGAGAUCCCAGAGCAGAUCUGGAGUGCCAUGGAGGCAUCCCAGUACCUCCAAGCCACCCAGCUUUACCUGAUGUGCUGCCAUCUGCACAAUCUGCUGCAGCUGGAGGCUACUACAGCGGGCCUCUACAGCUCCAUCCUGGCCCGCUUUCCCAUCCUGAUCCGGCAGGUUGCCACCACUGGACACUUCAGGUCAACCAUUCUGCUGAAUAGCAGGUCUCUUCUGCAGGGCCGGGCAAUGUCAGACCAAGCCAUCGCUGAAGCCUUAGUAUCCAUCAUGCUGCUUGAAGACAGCUCUCCACGCCAGGCCCUGGCUGACUUCUUGUUGGCCCGGAAAUCAUCCAUACAUCAGCUGCUGAACCAACUGCAGCACGGUUCUGGUAUCAAGUCCCAGGUGUGCAGCCUGGUGGAGCUUCUGGUCACCACCCUGUUUCAGGCCUACGCUCUCUUCUACCUGCCCCCAGAGGGCAGCCUCAGGUCGGGGGAUGAAGCUUUGAGCUGUGGCAUGCUCUUCCUUGUUCUGGAGAACGUCACCUCUGCCACUCCUGCAGGUAAAGACAGACAGGUGUUGCAGGAAGAGGCGAGUACAGGUAGCUGGUUCAGGUAUCUGCCUGCUUCCAUCUCAGAGUUUCAACCUGCCCUUCGUACCCUCGCUCAGCCAAUCCAGAGGGAGCAGCUGCAGGACACUCUUCAGCAGUGGAUUGAUACCUGUAAGGAGGACAUCUGCCAUGGUGUUGAUAGCCUUUUGGUCUAUGUGAAGAACCUGAAAGGGCUAGCAGCCAUCAGAGAUGCUGUGUGGGACCUGCUGUCAGCAGACUCCAUCAGUCAGCACUGGAACACCGUGUGUCGGCGGCUGCUGGAGCGCCCCCUUACUAUCUGGGAUGACUUCUUGCAGCAGCUUUUCCUCAAGCGGCUGCAGGUCAUCACCAAAGAAGAGACUGAAGCCAUCUCAGUGUGCUCUGUCCAGCUCCUUACCUCAGCUGUGAGGGAUUUGGAGGGCCAGAGCAUCCAUUCUUCUUCAGGUUCCUACACUAGCUCCUGCCAUGGGGCCCAGUAUGAGGUCGAUAUUGCGUCCUUCUUGUGGUCAGAGUCUCCGGGAGACCUGCUGAGUGAUGCAGGUUGGUUCACUGUGAACCAGCGGGGGCAGCAGCAGCAGAGGAGUGGCCUGGCCAUGAAGACUCAGGCCCUCACACCUUGUGUUCAGAACUUAUGCGCUUCCAUUGAUGCAAAGCUGAAAGCCAGGUUGGAUGACCUCCAGCACUACCUUCCCUCCCAGGACGCAGGAUCUGAAUCCAUUUUGGCCACUGUGCCAUCCUCUGGACCUGCUGACGGCCCAUCGGCAUCCUCAUUUAAUCGCUUCACAGACUCCUCGGCCGUGGAGGAGGCAUUACGUGAAGGCUGUCUGGCCUGCGUUCGCCACAUCCUGUCCUCGAUCCGUUCCGAAUUGGCUGCAGUGUUGCCAGACUCCAGGCCCACCUGCCUCAGUUCAGUUCUCUUCAUGGCCAGGUUGUGCCAGUCUAUUGGUGAACUGUGCCCCAGCUUGAAGCAUUGCAUUCUGGGAAAACAGAAUGGAUUUGAAAUCACGGCCAAAGGGUCCUCCAGGCAGGGCAAGAAGUUGAGCAAAGCCAGGGCUGCCGCAGAGGUCAGCCCAUCCCAGGCCAAGUGGGCAGCACUGAAGGAGGAGCUUCUUGGCUGCAGUAUGGAGGCCUACCGCAUCUGGAGCUCCACUCUUUCUAAGGGGCUGUUGGACAAGUUUGGCACAGUGCUUCAUGCAGAGUCAGUUGGCACCCUUCUAACAACAGCAACUAACUGGGAGGAUUUGGAAAUCCAAGAAGAGACUGAGUCUGGAAGCAGUGUUAUGUCCAAAAUCCGUCUCCCAGUACAGCCAACAUGGUUUGUGCAGUCCCUGCUGUUCCAGCUGUGUGUGGAGAUAAACAGGGUGGGAGGCCACGCCCUGCCCCAGCCCACCCUGCAGGAGCUUCUGCAGACCUGUCUUACUCAGGCCCUACAUCAUUACCACAACCUCACACAACAGGCCCACAGCAGGGACUGUGAAUUUCCUAUGACUCAGAGCAGAGCCUUGCAGUUGCUGUUUGACUUUCGUUACCUCAGCACCACACUGGGCAGCAGACUGGAGGAAGGCAAGAGCUCCCGACCUCAUCAAGACCCAAGAUUCCAUGAAAUCUGUGAUUGGCUGGAGAGCUUCAUUGACCCCUUUGACCUCGAUGUGUUUACACCUCACCUGAAUGCCAACCUCAACCGACUGGCUCAAAGGACCUCGGUCCUGCUGGGGCUGCUGACAGGCUCAGAGAAACAGUUUGCCUUGCGGAGUAGCAGUGUGAACUCCCAGGAUCCUUACAACAUACUGCCACUAGCCAGCAGCCAGAUCAGGUUCGGGUUGCUUCCCCUGAGCAUCUCUAAUGUGCAGAAAUCCAAGGCAGCCUCCAGGAGCUCUGAAGCUCCUCAGCAGCUGAUUCCUCAGGCCUUCACAGCCGGCAGUGAUGACAGCUUCCGACCAGGCAGCCUUUUCAGGCAGCUUGCUGAUCAGGAUGAAGACGUAGCAGCUUCUUCUUUAUUCAAGCUUAAUUGGCUCUCUGGCAUGGCCAAAUAACUCUUUAUUGCUGUUUGCUUUUUUUAAAUUUACCUUUGUUAAAAUAAGAUGUACAGUAAAUAUUCCUUUUGUGCUUUGA